CUGAGGAUUUACCCAAUCAGAAUGCAUUUUCGCUACAGCAAACCCGCUGAUUGGCUUGUUGUCACGGUAACCGUGCCUCCCUUUACAUAGACUGCUGUUUGCGGACGAGCUAUGCAGGCGGGCUUGUGACAAGGGGAAAAUACUGUGAGACAGCCUGUAAGAUGGAAAACAAACUGACACCAGAAUCCACAUCCAGCAGCACAACAAGAGGAAGGGCAAGAAUUGUUGUGGAUGAUGAGGAGGAGGAUGAUCAUGAAGUUCUCAGUCCAACAGACCUGUCUGAGCUGCUGGCCGAGGGGACCAAGGAGUCCCACGACAGAGCAGAGAACUGCCAGUUUGUCAAAGAUUUCCUCAGGGGCCGCAUCAAAAGGGAGUUGUUUAAGAGAGCCACAGCAGCUCUAUACUUUGUCUACUCGGCCAUGGAGGAGGAGAUUGAGAAGAACAAAGACCAUCCUCAUAUCGCUCCAAUCUAUUUCCCCGCAGAGCUGCACCGGCGUGAGGCACUGGCCCAGGACCUGGAGUAUUUCUAUGGAGAAGACUGGGAGAACCAGAUCAGCCUCUCUACAGGCACCAAGCCUUAUGUGGACCGCAUCCACGAGGUGGGGGAGAAGGACCCAGUGUUGUUGGUGGCCCACUCUUACACCCGCUACAUGGGUGAUCUCUCAGGUGGACAGAUCCUUAAGAAAGUGGCACAGAGGGCUUUAAAGUUCCCCUCGACAGGAGAGGGUCUCAACUUCUACCAGUUUGAGGGAAUCCACAGUCACAAAGGCUUCAAGCAGCUUUACCGCAGCAGGAUGAAUGAGCUGGAACUGGAUGCUGAGACCAAAGACAGGAUUGUGGAAGAAUCCAAUCAGGCUUUUGGCUUUAAUAUGAUGGUAUUCACAGAGCUUGAAGAACUUGGAAAGACCAUUAAAGAAGAGGUCCAAGAUGCAGGGUUUGGACACAGUCACGCAGAGAUUAUGCAGGGUGGGGAUAUCAGCAAGUGCCCGUACUAUGCAGCCAAAAUGGCCAUUAGUGGAAAUCCCACCUAUGCAUGCCAGUUAGCCAUGAUGCUUCUCAGACAUCCACCCUGUCAGGUGGCUCUGGCUGCCUGGAUGGCCAUCCUCGCUGGGUUUACUGCCUGGUACUUUAUGUGACCUCUGACACACUUGACCUGCCAAAGAAGGGUGAUGGACACUGUUAGAUUCAGCCAAAUGUUAUCUUCCUCAGUUUGACCAUUACUAUCAGAACGUGGCAAACAGUUAAACAGAAACAAGAUGGUUUUUCGAAGUGUUUUGUUCUGAGUUUUCCUUUAUUAAUCUCACUCUGUGUUUUGCUGUAUGGAACAUACAGCUUUCUGCUUCUGAGACAGCUAAUGGCAGUGAAAGAGCUUUUGUGGUGAUGCAGCUGCUUGAAAAGCUACUUUAUGAUGCAUGCACUUUAAAUUAAGAGGCACUUUAUGAUGUAGAAAAAUUAAAUGAAUACUCUUCCCCUAUGUGAUUAAAAUGUUAUUAGUUGAACAUCUUUUGUGAAAAGGUCUCUUACCAGAAGUUGAACACUUGAGCUAAAGUAACCAAGCAAGAAAGGGCCUUGGUCAGGGAGGACUGUCAAUAUGCAAUACAGUCUAAAAACAUGUUUUGUUAUGGUGGUGUUUUGAUUGUAUCCUUUAAAAAUAAAUACAUUAAGGUGUGCAAAAAAUAAAUCAGUUUGAAUACUACAACUCAACAUUAAAACAUUUUGUAAUGGGUCA